GACGGCCGGGCUUUCUUCCGCCUCGCCGCCGCCGCCAUGGCCACCCCGGCCCCUGGCCUCGUCUCGGUGUUCUCCAGCCCGCAGGAGCUGGGCGCGUCGCUCGCGCAGCUGGUGGCGCAGCAGGCCGCGAGCUGCCUGGCGGGGGCCGGCGCCCGCUUCGCGCUCGGGCUGUCGGGCGGCAGCCUCGUGUCCAUGCUGGCCCGCGACCUGCCCGCCGCCGCCGCCGCCGCCGGGCCGGACAGCCUGGCGCGCUGGACGCUGGGCUUCUGCGACGAGCGCCUGGUGCCCUUCGAGCACGCCGAGAGCACGUACGGCCUGUACCGGGCGCAGCUGCUCCCCAGCCUGCCCAUCCCGGCCAGCCAGGUGCUCACCAUCGACCCCGGGCUGCCCCUGGACGCCGCGGCCGACGACUACGCCGCGAAGCUGCGACAGGCCCUGCAGGGAGACCCCAUCCCCGUGUUCGACCUGCUGAUCCUGGGCGUGGGCCCCGACGGCCACACCUGCUCGCUCUUCCCGGACCACCCCCUGCUGCAGGAGCGGGACAGGAUCGUGGCGCCCAUCAGUGACUCCCCUAAGCCGCCGCCGCAGCGCGUGACGCUCACGCUGCCCGUGCUGAACGCGGCCCGCAGCGUCGUCUUCGUGGCCACCGGGGAAGGCAAGGCCGCCGUGCUGAAGCGCAUCCUGGAGGCCCGCGAGCCGCGCCCCCUGCCCGCCGCCCUGGUGCAGCCCCGCGCCGGCGCGCUCCGCUGGUUCCUGGACGAGGCCGCGGCACGGCUGCUCACGGUGCCUGUGGAGAAGCACUCGGCGCUGUAGCGGCCGCGCGCCGGACCGGACCGAACCGAACCGAAUCACAGCACCCCCGCGCCGGGCCGCGCCGGGCCCCGCAGUAAAGCGCAUCGCCCGGGGCUGCCGCCGCCGCCGCCCUGUCCUAGUACCUGCGGGCCCUCGGAGGGGGUCCCGGCCAGAGGAGGGGGCGGACGGACAGACGGACAGACAGACGGACGCCGGGGCCGGGCGCAUUAGCCGGGAGCUGGGACUCGGACCCAGGCCCUCGCUUCCGGGCGCCGCCCCCAGUGCCCACCGCGGCGGCGGGGACCCCUCCCUAUUGCAUCCGCCCUGCAGCUGCCCCCUCCCCAGGGCCGCCAGGGCCCCCCUCCCCGCUGCCCGGCAGGAGCCGAGGAGCGCGAGGCGGGAAUUGAAACCCGGAGCGGAAACCACAGCACAGCGCGCGGCUUCCUGGGGGCCCCUGGGGGCGGCGCCGGCCGGGUGGGUGUGGCGGAGGAGCAGCUGGCAGGGCCCGCCCAGGGGCAGGAAAGCCCUGGCCUCAGGCCCGGGGCAGCGCCCCCUCCCCUGCCCUCCGAGCGAUCCGGCUGCGUGAAAAGAAGAAACGAGAAUCCCACUCGUGUCCUGGCAGCCUGACCGGGACACUGAGUGCCAUCCCCGCGGGGAGACCCCACCCGGGCCCGGCGAAGAACCGGCAUCGUCCUCGCGGCCCUGGCCGCCCCCGCCGUCACCCAGUGGGCCUGCCUCACGGUCCACCAUGGCUGCUGUGUUCCCGCGUUGUGUGCACACUCCAGCACGGAGGCCAUGGAUUGCGCUGCUGCGGCAUCAGAAGCCGCGGGCACAGGGCGCACCGCUGGGGUCCUGGUCCUGCCGGCCCCCGGGCCACGCCCCAUCCCCCUCCUCCCCCAGGAAGGGUCCUCCCCCCCCCCGUGAUCCCAGGCCAGAGCCGGGUCCUGCCUGGUGCCCCCUCCCCUGGUGCCGGGGCUCGGCCCCCAGUCACUCAUUCACUCAACAAACUCGGGGAGGGGGCCGUGGGGAGCUGCUGCCCCCCGGGGGCCCGGGUUCAAGCCUCGGCCAAGCCACCUGCAGGCUGGGGCCCGGAUGGAGGCCGUGGCUGUCGUGGGCCCCUGGGGGUGACCCCACAAACCUCAGUCUCUGUCGUUAUGUCAAAUAAAAUUGGGAAAAGCGG